CUGACCCUCUAACCAAGCUGAGUGUUAUUCUGCUUUAACUACAUAGGUACUUAAGUGUUAGAAUUAAGAUUUAAUUAUUGUGAUAAUUAAGUGAUCGUGAUUCAAUAUGGGCGCGGACAGCUCGAAGGAAGAAAACAAAUCCAGAUUACAAGACGAAAGACUACAACGGCGGAACCAGUAUGCCACGCAACAGAGACGACAGGAAUCGCUACAAACUUCAAGUGCGACCCAUCAGUCGCCUGUGCAAACCCCCACAGAGAGAUCCCGAACUCCUUACAAUUACACAACGGAGAACUUACAAAGUGUAAUAAAGCAAACUAGCCAACCAAACGUUCUGGAAAGAUCCCGCAACCCAUACAACUAUAAUUCUGAAGACUUGCAUGGAAUCAAACAAACACCCAAUCUGUACCCAAACCUUAACGUGAGCCGAGGCGAGGACAACUUUGUUUACGUGAAUAGGCCACCGCCAACACCAACCAGGCCCUCACCGCAGCCAUCGGCUCCUCCGGCCUCAGAAGUCAACGAAGUAUUAAAUAUCCCGACAACUGCACUCAACGCGUCAAGGAGCCCUUCAACGCCUCAGGCGUCGCUAUUAGUGCCUACUACGAAACACCCAUUUUCUCAGGUCAACGUGGUACAAAAGGCAUCUGUGUCCCACGUCAGCGCUUCGCCAAAGGUUUUCGUACGUACUCGGCCACCACCACCGUAUAAUUCAAGUCAUAAUGCUCCCGGGACCUCGCAGUCGGCAAAUGCUUCUACCAAUAAAAAUGAAGCACUCUCAGAUGCGAAACCCAAUACAGCUGGACCUUCGAAGUCUAAGCCUUCUGCAACUAAGAAUGGACCGAAACCAGGCGGCAGGGGCCGAGACAACGACAUCAGUUGCCCAACGUGCGGCCAGCGCUACGGGCUCAGCAUCUACCAGUGCAGCAACGGACAUGGCUCCUGCCAGGACUGCCGCUUGGCACAGAGGUCGUGCGGCAAAUGUCUGUCGCCCAUCACUGCCAUGAGGAAUAUUGCGAUGGAAGCUGUUAUAGCCGACUUGAACACUACUUGCCCAAACGAGGGCUGCACGCUACGCUUUAACUUCGAUGGGAUGCAGCGUCACCUCAAGGAGUGCCCGUUUGGGGAGAUGGACUGUCCAAUGGGCGCAGUCUUUGGACAAUGCUCAACUCGAUGCAAAGUUUCUGACAUGGCUACACAUUUUGACGAGUGCCACAAGGAGCAACGCUCCGCAGAAAUACACAAAGAGAUGUACGUCUUCAACAUUUGCAUGGACACCCAUAAAAUGUAUCUUAUAAAGAAUGGGCCCUACAACUUCUUAGUUCACGUUAAAGUAGACGAGAAAGAACGUAAAAUUUCAAUGACUGUCCAGUUGCUAGGCACGAAAAUAAGUGCCGACAAAUGGACGUAUGAAUUCCAUGUCUACAACAAAAGACAGCCGUUAAGGAAGUAUCUUUACGUUGACAAUUGUCAGUCAAUCGGUACUCAUGUUGAGGAUAUUUUCAAAGAUAGCCAGUGUGCUACCCUGCCGCUUAGUUACGCCAUGACUUUUGUCAACGAAAGCGCUUUGACGUACAAGUUUUAUAUAAAGAAGGAAAUGAACCAGCGGGGACGCAGGAGAGGUCCCAGGAAUAACGAUGUAAAUUAAAUACGAGUAUAUACAGUUUAUAGACCAAGAAAAGUCUGCAACGAUUUUAAUAGCACACGCAGUGCAAGUGUUAUUCCUCUUAAGACCCAGAGCAAUUUUGGCGCUUUUGAAUUUGAAACUUUCUUUUAUUUCUAUAUGAGUUCAAAACUCGAAAGUAAUUUAUUCUUGUACAAGUACACGGGGACUUAGUGGACUUACGUUACGAGGAUAUACGUCAAAGUUCUAUGACUUUAUGACGUAUACCUAAAUAACACUUGCACUGCGUGUGCUAUCGAAAUCGUUGCAGACUUUUCUUGGUCUAACUCUAUGAGAACUGCAGUCCGCCUGUUUCGACCCUUGACAAGUUAAUGAAAGAUAAGCUUAGUAACCUAAGUCCAUGUCGAUUCAAACUCUGA